AUGGGCAAUGAGAUGGGAAACCAGAAUGUAUCUCGAAUGCAAGAGCAAGAUAGCAUCAAGCUUGAAGCUUCAAAAGAAUCCGUGGAAGUGUCAAUGGCUUCAAUUGAUGUAAAUGGGGCAGAAGAUGCAAAACAACAGAUUGCUUCUGGGGACUCAUCCGGAGCAGGUGAUCCUAAACAAACAAUCAAUGGAAGAGAGCAUGACAAAACUGAAACUCAAGCUCAUGAGGGAUCUUCAAAAGUUCCAAUGGGUUCAAAUAAUCACAAUGGCAUGGAUGGUGGAAUGGAGUCAGUUUCAUCUAUUGAUGAUGGAGAAUUUCAUCCGCAAACAGGUUCACCCUCUAAGGAGAACUUGCCCAGAACAAUGGACAACCAAAUUCAGAGACAGGCAUCAAGUGGAAGAGAGGGAGAAGAGGCAAGGAUUUCGUCUCUGGAUACAAAAUCUAUAGUGGGUCAGGCCAGAUCUAUGGAAUUGGAGACCAUAAAGUCUGAUCAACAUGAAUCCACCAUAGAUCACACUGAAUUAUCAGUUUCGUCAUCUGAAUCUCAGAAGACUAAUGAGCACACAGGUUCACCUUCUGAGGAGAACUCAUGGAGAAAAAAUGAGAACCAGACUCAGAUUCAGGCAUCAAAUGGAGGAGAAGGAGAAGAGACGAGGUAUCCAUUACUGGAUUCAAAAUCCAUGGUCCCUAACCCCCAAUCUGUGGAAUUGGAAACUGUUACCAAUCAACAUAAGUCCACAAUAUCUGCUGCUGAAUCAUCAGGUCCAUUGUCAGAAAUUGGGAAUUCUAAUGAGCAUACAGGUUCAGCUUCUGAAGAAAAUUCAUCCAGAAUAAAUGACAACCAGGUUCAGAGAGAGGCAUCAUUUGGGGAAGAUUGGGAAGAGACUAGGACUUCAUGUCUUGAUACAAAAUCCAGAGUCCAAAACCCCGAAUCUAUGAUAUUAGAAACUCUGAAGUCUGAUCCAAAGGAGUCCACUGAAGCUCACACCGAACUAUUUGUGGAAGCCAGCAGCAAAUUUCCGGGAAGCAGCGGGGACAUUCUCAGACCAAGCAGACCUCAAGAUUCUGAGGAGAAAGAACAAAAGCUAGAGGAUGAUAGUAAUAUACCCCAUUCCUACACACAAGUAGAAAAGAUGGAGGAAGAUAUGCCAAUGGAAAACAUGGAAUCCCAAGACAAGGAGGUGGUAGACAUUAUCAAUAUCAAUGGGGUGAAUUCUGAAAUCAUAAAUGGAAGUGAAGUUUGGAACACUAUAGAUGGAAUUGAAGCCGAGAAGAGUGCAAGUGAAGAGCAAGAACCCACCUUAUCGAAUUCUCUUCUGAAUGAUGGCAGGGAUUCCAGGGUAUCACAAUCUGAAGCUCUUGCCUUGACCAAAUCACAAGACUCCUUCCAAAUAGAAGCUCCUGAACCAGAAUGCAAAUAUGUAGUUCUGACCAACAACAGAAUAAUGAUAGAGAAUGGAUCAGAAAGCAAACAGAAGAGGUAUGAUUCUAACACAACUUCGCUUUCUGAAGGUUUGGUGGAAGAAUCAAAUGCAAAUAAGAUCAAUAUUUGUCAAAGUGAGUUUGUGACAAUAGGCUGUGAUCAUGAAGAAGAGAGAAAGGAAGGUGAACUAUGCGAUUCAUACAAACCCAUGAUCCAGAAUGGUUUCCAAAUUGAUGAUGAAAAUGUGCCUCUGGAUGUGUUAAAACUCAACAUGCAGGAUAGCAACCAGAACUCGAUUUCAGAGAUAUCCUGUAAAGAGUUGGAAGGAGAAACCAAGAUGGUUGUUGGGGACAUAGUUCCAACAGAAUCAAUUGUCACUGAUAGCAACCAUGAAGAGGGGAAACUCCCAACAUGUUUGUCCCAACCAGUGGAAAAGUUUCUCCCACCAGACCCUGUUUCUCUAGACGAGUCUCAAGUUCCCAAACAGGACAGACUAAUAGAAACUGACACUGUAGAUUCUAGAAGUGGGUCAACCAUAGCAUCAGAUCGAAACAGUUGUGAUGAAGUUGAUGUUAGAAAAACUUCCAACUUUGAUUCAACAAACUCAACUGUAGAAACUAUGGUAUCUUUGGAGAAUGAGAAGUCUAAGCAAGACCUCUCACAGAAUCAGGGCCUAGACCAAUCAAACUAUCAGGAAUUAAGUACAGUGGCACUUGUGCCAUCUGGUAUGUCUACUGAUGGCUCUCAGGGACAUGAAUCAGCAUGUGAUCUAACCAACCACACGUGUGACCACAACUCAAACUUUGAUUUUGGAACAGAAGAAAACAAUGACCAUUCUGUCAAUGAAAUGAACCAAGACAACAUCAAAGGCAAGGUUGAUGUUAGAGCAAAGUAA